UGGUGGUUUUGCCUUUACCUGUAAAUGUUUACAUUUCUUGUGUUAGACACUAAUGUUUUUUUCCAAACAUUAAGAAUUUAUGACUAAGAUUUACGGAAUGAUAGCUAGCAAAUUUCAUAUUGAAUAAUGAUACGAAAAAAACGGGAUACUAUAGUAAAGAAAAACAUAAUAGACCGAAGCAGCCUUAACAGGAUAUGUUUCUCAUACAUGAUAUUUUCAAUGCUUAUAAUUGCGAACGCCCUCCCUCCCGUGAUACGCGUAGGUGCCAUAUUUACCGAAGAUGAACGUGAAAGCAGUAUCGAAUCGGCGUUUAAAUACGCCAUUUACCGGAUCAACAAGGAAAAAAACCUUCUGCCCAAUACACAACUUGUAUACGAUAUUGAGUAUGUGCCCCGAGAUGACUCGUUUCGCACCACUAAAAAGGUUUGCCGCCAGUUGGAAGCAGGUGUUCAAGCAAUCUUUGGUCCAACAGAUGCUCUUCUUGCUGGUCAUGUUCAAUCCAUAUGCGAAGCUUAUGAUAUACCCCACAUUGAAGUUCGAAUUGAUCUUGAAUAUAGUUCAAAAGAAUUUUCAAUCAAUUUGUAUCCGUCACACACUCUCUUAACUCUAGCAUACAGAGAUAUCAUGAUGUACUUGAACUGGACGAAGGUGGCAAUUAUUUAUGAAGAAGAUUAUGGACUAUUUAAUUUGAUGCACUCAUCUACUGAGACGAAAGCGGAAAUGUAUAUAAGGCAAGCAAGUCCCGACUCUUAUCGUCAAGUCUUACGCGCUAUUCGCCAAAAGGAAAUUUACAAAAUAAUAGUGGAUACAAAUCCAUCCAACAUUAAAACGUUUUUUAGAUCCAUUUUACAACUGCAAAUGAAUGAUCACCGAUACCACUAUAUGUUUACGACAUUCGACUUGGAAACAUAUGAUUUAGAGGAUUUUAGAUAUAACAGCGUAAAUAUAACUGCAUUUCGAUUGGUGGAUGUUAAUAGCAAAAGAUAUCUAGAAGUAAUAGAUCAAAUGCAGAAAUUACAACACAAUGGAUUACAAAGUAUAAAUGGAAUUCCUUACAUACAGACAGAGUCCGCUUUAAUGUUUGAUUCGGUAUACGCUUUUGCCUCUGGGUUACACUUUUUAAAUUUAGAUAGUCGUCCAAAUUUUUCUGUCAAAAACCUCUCUUGCACCUCCGACCAAACCUGGGAUGAUGGGAUUUCAUUGUAUAACCAAAUAAAUGCUGCUAUUACAGACGGGUUAACUGGAAAUAUAAAUUUUGUGGAAGGUCGCCGGGACAAAUUUAAACUUGAUAUUCUAAAAUUGAAGCAAGAAAAAAUUCAAAAGGUGGGAUACUGGCAGCCCGAGAGCGGUGUUAACAUCUCGGACCCAACGGCUUUCUACGAUUCCAAUAUCGCAAAUAUAACAUUGGUCGUUAUGACAAGACAGGAGCGCCCAUAUGUUAUGGUUAAAGAAGACACAAAUCUUACCGGAAAUAUAAGGUUUGAAGGAUUUUGUAUUGAUCUUCUUAAAGCGAUCGCUCAACAAGUUGGGUUUCAAUACAAAAUUGAAUUAGUUCCCGAUAAUAUGUAUGGAGUUUACAUACCAGAGACUAAUUCAUGGAAUGGAAUUGUGCAAGAGUUAAUGGAACGGCGCGCUGAUCUUGCUGUAGCCUCAAUGACAAUUAACUAUGCUCGGGAGAGUGUUAUUGACUUUACAAAACCAUUUAUGAAUUUGGGCAUUGGUAUACUUUUUAAGGUACCAACAAGUCAACCCACACGACUGUUCUCCUUUAUGAAUCCUUUGGCAAUCGAGAUAUGGCUUUAUGUGCUAGCUGCUUAUAUAUUAGUAUCUUUCGCGCUCUUUGUGAUGGCUCGAUUUUCUCCAUAUGAGUGGAAAAACCCCCACCCAUGCUACAAGGAAACGGAUAUAGUGGAAAAUCAGUUUUCCAUAUCAAACAGUUUUUGGUUUAUAACAGGAACAUUCCUACGCCAAGGAUCUGGACUUAAUCCAAAGAUUUCAGAUCGAGCUCAAACGAAAUUUUUUUCGUUUCUUUCUCCUCUUGCUUUUGAAAUUUGGUUUUAUAUUGCAUUUGGAUAUGUUUUUGUAUCAAUCUGCAUAUGGAUUGUCGCUCGAUUAUCACCGAUAGAAUGGGUAAAUUCAAAGCCACCAUGUUCUAUGGCUUGUGACCAUAUACUGCGCGAAAUUCAAAAAGAAAAUUGCUACGACGAACAAUUGGAAUUAACACAGAAAAAAAGAUUAUCAGAACAUGACGAAGAAGUAUAUUUAAAUUCAGCACACAAAAUAAGCAAACCCAAUGAAUUUGUUGAACGUGAUGAUACUUUAUGUGGACGUGGAACAUUACCGUUACCACUAUCUAAUGAAGCUGAUGAAGAUGUCCCGGAUGAAAAUACAGUGGAUUUAGUUCGAAUACAAAACAAUUUCACCUUAAAAAAUAGUUUUUGGUUUGCCAUUGGCGCUCUUAUGCAGCAAGGCUCUGACUUAUAUCCUAGGGCUACCUCGACUCGGAUUGUUGGUGGAUGCUGGUUCUUUUUUUGCCUUAUAAUUAUAUCCUCGUACACUGCCAACUUAGCUGCAUUUUUAACAGUUGAACGGAUGAUUUCACCUAUAGAAAGCGCUUCUGACUUGGCAGAGCAAACAGAAAUAUCAUAUGGAACUUUAGAAGGUGGAUCAACAAUGACAUUUUUUAGGGAUUCUAAAAUUGGUAUAUAUCAAAAAAUGUGGCGUUAUAUGGAGAAUCGGAAAGCAGCCGUAUUUGUUAAAACGUACGAAGAUGGAAUUAAGCGUGUAAUGGAAGGAAGCUACGCAUUUUUAAUGGAAUCUACCAUGCUCGACUAUGCAGUUCAACGUGAUUGUAAUCUAACCCAAAUAGGUGGCUUGCUGGAUUCCAAGGGUUACGGCAUCGCCACACCCAAAGGAUCUCCUUGGAGAGAUAAAAUUUCACUUGCCAUUUUGGAGCUACAAGAAAAAGGUAUUAUUCAAAUAUUAUAUGAUAAAUGGUGGAAAAAUACGGGUGACGUUUGCAACAGAGAUGAUAAGAGCAAGGAGUCCAAGGCCAAUGCACUGGGAGUAGAAAAUAUUGGUGGAGUAUUUGUUGUCCUUCUCUGUGGACUUGCUCUUGCCGUUGUCGUGGCUAUAUUUGAGUUUUGCUGGAACUCCAGAAAAAAUUUGAAUACCGAAAAUCAAUCUCUGUGCUCAGAAAUGGCACAAGAACUUCGUUUUGCAAUGCACUGCCACGGAUCAAAAUCAAAGCAUAGACCACGAAAACGGAAUUGCUUAAAAUGCUCAUCUGGACCAACAUACGUACCGAGUAAUAUGAGUAUGCCAAAUGUCGGCGUUCACUAUAAUUAUUUUAAUUAAUUUGGAUUCUGCUGACACAUGUUAAUUGAAAUAAAUAGUGAAAUUGAAUUAUUUUUUUAUUUGUA